AUGCUACCACAUCAAGACUUUGGCUUCCUAUAUGGCGCCCGCUGGCCAAACCAUUGGCGGGCAGCACCACAGCAGUCCACUCUCAAGACAUCCGCGAUCAACACAUCCUCUCUCCACUUGAAGAAAAUCGCCUUCAAGACACUAAACUUCAAGAAAUCCGCCUUCAAGACAUCCACCGUCAAGAUAUCCACCUUCAAGAUAUCCGCCGUCAGGACAUGUACCCUCACAACAUCCACCUUGAAGACAUUUACCUUGAAGAUGUCUACUCUCAACUUCAUCCCAUCGACUCCCAAACUGGAAACGUCCGCUCUGAGGGCAGGUACUCUCACCUUCAAAAAAUCCGCUUACAACAGAUUGAACUUGUGUGCCAAGUGUUAA